AUGGGGAACUCUUCGUCUUCGAACACUUCAAGGACUGCUGCUUCAAACGCAGUGGACAACAAUCUGAUCGCCGACGAGGAUGGGAGCAUGGUCCCAGCCUAUGAAGGGGAUUAUGUGAAGGUCCGCGACCUUGAAAGUGUAACAACGAUCAAGAGGUUUGAUGGGCAAGCUAUCAUCAUAGCUGAGGACAAGAGAAUCUCAUGCUCUCAAGCACAGCUUGUCUAUGACGGGGUGACACUAGCCCGGAAGCAGCUCAGGUUGCUGCUGCAACUUUACUCCACGGUCUGCGAGGGGGAGUCGGUCGUGGCCAACGUAAGCAUUGUUUCCAGCAUCCAGAAAUGCAUUCGGAGCGCUCACAGGGCUCCUGACAGGCAGACGCUGAACUUUUCGGAGUGCAAUCUCAGAGAUGUGGACAUAAUCUUGUUUGCCCGGAGCAUCCAAAACUUUCACUUUGAUUCGUGCAGUGAGCUGCAUAUUACAAAGAUUGAUCUUUCCUAUAACGAGAUCAGUGGAGAAGGUGCUGUGGCUCUUGGUGAAAUCAUCAACAAGAUUGGGACCGUUGAAGAGCUCCUGCUGGACAGAAACAAGAUAGGGGAAGCAAUACAGAAAAUGUCACCAGAUGGACUGGAAUCGAUCAAGUUCUUGUCAGUUAGCGGAAAUCGUAUCAAGAAGCUUCAGGCACUGCCUCCGAUGCCUGGAUUGCAAACUUUGAUCUUAGAUUGGAAUCCAUUGCAGAACAAUUUGUCACCGGAAAUUUUUUCAGAGUGCACUUCACUAGUGAGCCUUUCGCUGUGUUCCACAGCACUGAGCAACCUCCCAAAGGCCUUUGCUGCGAUUUCACACUUGACUAAUUUGAGACACUUGCACUUUCAGAGUAAUCGACGUGGCUUUAGGGACAGUUCGGCGGAGAUGGAGGAGAACAUUUUUCCCUUUGCUGUUCGAUUCCUAGAAAGAUCCAACGAUUACAAUAUUCAUACGGACGACAUGGUCGAAGAUGGAUUUUCGCAGGAUUCCGAUGGUGCAGAUGCUUUGAUAGGAAGGUUGAGAGACUUUGUUCCCUUCGAAGAUCGUUUAGAGCAUGAAGAGCCCAUCAGAGGUCAUUCCCGGAGCCCAACGGAGCGCUCGGCUGUGGAGAGCCGCGACACUGAUGCGAUCUCCUACACCGCAAAUGCGCAGACGGACGAAAACGUCAGCUUGCCAACUGGCCAAGAGGACGAUCAGGACGAGGAGCUGAACGACCUGGUGGAUGCAGGCAUGGCAACACUGAAUGUCGUCGAAGAGCCGAGGAGAACCAUCUCAGUGUCUGUGGAUGCCGAUGAACGAGAAACCUUCGCAAAUUUCUUGCACGAUGGGGUGAUCCCAGAUCUGUUCCAUGUGAAUCUCCUUUGCUCUGAGAGGCAUUAUAGGGAGUACAUCAUUGCCCAGAUGCCUUGGUUGGAGACUUUGGACAAGCGAAGGAUUUCAAACACGGAGAGGGCAGAGGCGAGGAAAGUUUUCCUCUCCAAGUUUGAGAAGUUUGCUUACAACAGGCUGCGUCCCAUUAAUUGCACACUUCUGAUGCGGAUGAGAGAGUUGGGUCUGAAUAGCGCGGAUAGAAGACCGCUGAGCUCAUCGCUGACGACCGACAGUGAAGCCCCGGCCAGCUUAUCGUCUCCUGCCGCUGCUGGUCAGCCGCCCGGUGCCCAGCCCUCGACAAGAAUGAUCGCUCCGUCGCACCUCCGGCCUCGGCAGUUCGAGUACCAUCCGACGAAACCCGAGGAGCUCGUCAUAGGGACAGUCAAUGGCGAGGUGAUAGUCCUCAACCACUUCACUGGGUCCAUCCUUGGGCAGGCGACCGCCGCGGGGCCUCCACACAGCAUCCUUGGAUUGUGCUGGCUUCGCCUCAACGACGGGCUUCUCAUCUCCGGGAGCGAUAGCGGGAACAUUCAGCUGUAUGACGUGAACCUGAUGAAGCACAGCCGGGCCCCGACCAUCUACAAGUAUGAAAACUUCGAGCAUCUCACUUCUCUUCACAUCGAUUGCCUCGACGACAAGUUCUUGGUCAGUGGCUACAGCAAUGACGUGGCGCUGUACGACCUGAAGGUCGGCAAGAAGAUCCAGACGUUCAAGUCCCUUCAUUCUCAACAUAUCAACGUGUUGAAGUUCGCGAAUUUCUCACCUUCACUGUUUGCAACGUCUUCCUUCGACAAAGAUGUCAAGAUGUGGGAUCUGCGAGAAGGUGCCAACAGGCCUAUCUUCACGUGCAGGAGUGAUCAAGGAAACGUCAUGGUGUGCUUCUCCCCUGAUGAUCGGUACCUGUUGAGCUCUGCGGUGGACAACGAAGUUCGCCAAUACAUGGCGGUAGAUGGGCGGCUGACCAUGAAGUUCGACAUUCUAUGUGAGGAUGGGAGGGAAAGCGACGCGAGCUGGUACAUAGCUCUCGGCAGCGAGCACAACUACACAAGGAGCUACUACAUGAACGGAUCAGAUUACAUCAUAUCAGGAUCUUGUGAGGAGAGUGUUGUCCGAAUCUAUUGUGCUCGGACCGGUCGCUUCUUCCGAGAUUUUACCAUCGACAGGGGCUCAGGCCCCGCCUCCCUUUAUGUCCAGUCGCUGAGGGGCGAUCCCUUCCAUCCUUUCCAUCUGUCUGUCCUCGUUGCCUAUAACCAUCCGCUUGCUCCCUCGGAGAUGCUUGAAGUCAAUCUCUUGUCUCGUCCGGAUCCCAUGCAAGUAGAGCCCUCCUACCUCGCUGCUUGAGGCUCCGCUGGUUGUCUUGCGAUGUAUGUAUAGAUGCCCAGCCCAGGGCUCGUAUAGAAGAAAUAUUGUUUCCUUGAUGUUUAUAACACUUUGAUCCCCUCCU